GUGACCGGUAGCUUGGAUGACUGCGCUUGUGAUGUGGAGGCAAUUGAUGCCUUCAACAAUGAGCGACCCUUGCCCAAACUUCAGAAGCUGCUUAAGUCCGUCUAGUUCUGAUUUUAUAGACUGUCAUUUCAUGUGUCCCAACUAUGUCAUCCCUGAUCAUAUAUCUGUAUGUCUUUCUUUACUAGGUGAACCUGAAUAAGCCUUGUUCAUUCUGGACAGACAAAAGCCUCUGUGGACAUAGGAACUGUGCCGUGAUACUGUGCACACCAGUGAGUAUCUUUCAAACAUAGGCCUUCCUCUCUCACUGACCAAAUAUUGACUCAAGUUGGGUUAAGAUUGUACUCCUGUUCCACAGAAUGAGGUUCCAGAGGGAGUGAAAACAAAUGUCCACCACAAUAAGGGAAUAUAAUUGGGAACUUCAUGAAGGGGAAGUACUUGAAAUGAUUAGGAGGGUCAUAUCACAUAGCUACUGUAGUUCACUUUGGCAAUUUAGAUGGGCUAAAAUAGUUGAAUUAUUGGUGUGUGUGUGUCUGUGUGUGUAAGCAGUACUUAGCAGAAGUGAACAACCACGAUAGUGAGAAGGCUGAGAAGCUUGGAGUGGUGGACAGCUCCUCAGGUAAAUCACGAGCUCUAUGCAGAGUCUGAGGUAGCAUUACUACACACUACAUAGCCCCCCCUUUUGUUGGACCAAUAGCUUGAUAUCCCUGUGGUUGUUUCUCUGUGUAGUGAGGAGACCAGGCAGUCCCUCCUGGAAUAGAACAAGCACGAUGACGAGGCAAAGCGCUUCUGUGUGAUUGAUGGUAAGCUAACCAUGUUCUCUUCUCAGUGAAGGAUUUUUAAACUCGUUCAAAGUUUAAGUAAAAAUUAUAUUUUAAAAAAAUCACACUUGUCCAAAUAGCUGUGACAGACAGCUGGACUAUUUGUGCAUGUGGCAACAGCUUUUUUCACUCAAGAGGGAUGUCAAAUCUUUCACCUUCUUAGCAUCCUCAUGUGCUGUAGGCUACAGUAUCCUGUAGGCUACAGUAUAGUAGAAUGUAUUAAACAGACACAUCCUCUUAAUUAAGGUUAGAUGAGGAUGAGGAAUCUCCUGAUUCCCAGUAUGUAGAUCUACUGUUGAAUCCAGAGCACUUCACAGGAUACAAAGGGCCAGAAGCCUGGCAAAUCUGGAACAGCACCUAUGAGGAGAACUGCUUAAAGUGAAUAGGUCGUUAUAAAUGCUUAUUAAUGCUUUAUAAAUGUCAUACGUGCUUAUAAGUUGUAAAGCUUAUAAAUGUUCAUAAAUGCUGCCCUUGAAUAUGAAUCAGUUGCCUCUUAAACAAUGAAUCUGUAGUGUAAUUUAAAAUGUUGGAUUUUUACAGUAGGCAACAAUAUGAAUUUCCUCAGACCAUACACUGUGAAGCGGACUUUAAAUCCUAUGGUAUCUUACAGUCGUAAAUUAACAUGAUUUACCCACUGUAGUACAGUUGGUAAACAGGUCCUUCAGUCUCCCAAAAGCCCUAUCAGCCUCAGCAGACCACUGCAAGCGCACCGGACCUCCCUUUAGAAGAGACGUUAUGGGAGCUGCCACCUGUCCAAAACCCCGGAUUAACCUCCUGUAGUAAUUCGCAAAGCCCAAGAACCGCUGCACCUUUUUAACAGUGGUUGGAGUUUGCCAAUUACGCACGGCCGACACACGGUCAACCUCCAUCUUUACCCCUGACGCAGACAACUGAUAACCCAAAAAGGAGACAGACUCCUGGAAAAACAGACAUUUCUCUGCCUUGACAUAUAGGUCAUGCUCCAACAAUCUCCUCAACACUCGGCGCACCAGGGCUACAUGCUCGGCUCGGGUAGAAGAAUACACCAGAAUGUCGUCAAUGUACACGACCACUCCCUGCCCCUGCAUAUCCCGGAAGAUCUCAUCAACGAAGGAUUGGAAGACUGAAGGAGCAUUCAUUAACCCGUAUGGCAUGACGAGAUACUCGUAAUGACCCGAGGUGGUACUAAAUGCUGUCUUCCAUUCGUCUCCCUCCCUAAUACGCACCAAGUUGUAUGCGCUCCUGAGGUCCAAUUUUGUGAAGAACCGCGCCCCGUGUAAAGACUCCGUCAUAGUCGCAAUCAGAGGGAGUGGAUAACUGUAUUUCACAGUAAUCUGAUUGAGACUGCGGUAAUCAAUACACGGGCGCAAACCUCCAUCCUUUUUCUUCACAAAAAAGAAACUCGAGGACGCAGGGGAAGUGGAGGGCCGUAUGUAUCCCUGUCUCAGAGACUCGGCUAUGUAAGUCUCCAUAGCUCUCUUCUCCUCUUGAGACAAAGGAUACACAUGGCUCCGCGGAAGCGCAGCUCCUACCUGGAGGUCUAUCGCACAAUCCCCCUGUCUAUGUGGUGGCAAUUGCGUCGCCUUCGCCUUACUAAACACAAGUGCUAAAUCCUCAUACUCGGGGGGAAUGUGCAAUGCGGGCACUUGGUUUGGACUCUCCACCGAGGUCGCCCCUACGGAAACGCCCAGACAUCGCCCUACACACUGGGCAGACCACUCCAUAAGAGCCCUCUGUUGCCACGAAAUAGAGGGAUUAUGGGUAAUCAACCAGGGAAGCCCCAGCACCACCGGAUACGCAGGAGAGUCAAUAAGAUAUAGCUGUAUAGUCUCCUCAUGACCCUCCUGCGUCACCAUCCUAAGUGGAGCUGUGACCUCCCUAAUCAACCCCGAUCCCAACGGACGGCUAUCUAGAGCAUGUACAGGGAAAGGAUUGUUGACAGGAAGGAGGGGAAUCCCUAACUCUGCACAAAAUCUCCGAUCUAUAAAAUUCCCAGCUGCGCCUGAAUCUACUAGCGCCUUAUGCUGGGAACGAGGUGCAACCUGUGGGAAGCAAACAGGUAUGGUUAGGUGCACAACAGAGAGCUCUGGGUAAGUGGGGCGCCUACUCACCUGGAAGGACUCCCCAGUGCGUGGCCUGCCGUCUCGUCCCCUAGGAGACCCCCCCCAGCACCUGGCCGCAGUGUGUCCUCCACGGCCACAGUUGGUACAGGGGUUGGUCCCCCUGGGGCUCCUUCUCCUCUCCUCUCUAGCGCCAGCACCCCCGAGCUCCAUAGGACUAGGCUCGGAGGUGCUGGAGGGUGGAAUGGACGACCCCCACUCAGGACGUCCGCGGGUGGCCAGCAGGGUGUCUAGGCGAAUGGCCAUAUCCACCAACUGGUCAAACGUGAGGGUGGUGUCCCUGCAGGCCAACUCACGACGGACAUCCUCCCGUAGGCUGCAGCGGAAGUGGUCUAUGAGGGCCCGCUCAUUCCACCCUGCGUCUGCCGCUAGAGUCCGGAACUCCAGUGCAAACUCCUGGGUGCUCCUCUUCCCCUGUCGGAGGUAGAAUAGACGUUCUCCCGCCGCCUUCCCCUCAGGUGGAUGGUCGAAUACAGCCCUGAAGCGACGGGAGAACUCCGCAUAGGUGAUCGUCGCGGGGUCUAUUCUCCUCCAUUCGGCGCUGGCCCACUCCAACGCCUUGCCGGUGAGACAGGAGAUGAGGGCGGAAACGCUCUCGUGUCCCGACGGCACCGGGUGUACGGUGGCGAGGUAGAGUUCAACUUGUAGGAGGAAACCUUGACACCCGGCAGCGGUACCAUCAUACGCCCUCGGGAGCGAGAGCCGAAUCCCACUGGGUUCCGGAGCGUGGACAAAAGGACUGACCGGUGCUGGUGGUAAUGUGGGAGGAGGCGUGGGUGCCCAACUGGUCUCCAGGCGAUGCAGGGUAUUCAUUACUCCCUGAAGAGCGUUGGUGAUCUGGGCUAUCCUGUCAUCCUGUCCGCGGACGCGCUCCUCCCAUGACUCGGUCGCUGCUGCUGCUCCUGCUGAUUCCAUGAGUGGUGUGUAGUUCUGUCAGAGCUGGCGUGGGGGUGGUGUGGAAAUCAGAUGCAGGAUGCAGAAGUAGUCCAAAAUACUUUAAUCAAGUCCACAGAAUGAACGGCUACAAACAGAGCCGGAGGCACAAGAAAAAAAACGCACUCAGCGUAAUAAACCAAACACGCACAAUAGUGCGGACUCUCUACAGAAAUAGAGCAUAAACUUGACAUGGAAACACCUGCUGACAAUGAACAACUACACACAACCACAAGACAGAAACAACGAGAACUUAAAGGACACAUAAUCAAGACAAAAUGAGAAACAGGUGUACCAAAACAGACCAAACCAAACGAACACAGAAACAACGAACGGUGGCAGCUAGUACUCCGGGGACGACGACCGCCGAAGCCUGCCCGAACAAGGAGAAGGAGCAGCCUCGGCAGAAACCGUGACAUUGAUCUAAGUGUCAAGAUUAUAUAUAUGUUUCAACCAACGAUUUUCAUUCAUCUUUAUUGUUUCUUUCCACUCACAGAAACUGUAUCAUGUUCCUUUUCAACUAUAAAUCUAUUGGACCAUGAAAUGUUUGUUCAAUUAGCUAAAUUGAGCAUAUCCCAUAAAAUCUAUAAUCUCAAGGAAGACAUUUGCCUGGUACCUCCUGGACACACACACACAGACACAGACACACACACACACAGACACAGACACACACACACAGGUCUAAAACUACCUCCAGAGAGAGGAAGCUGGUUGGUAUAUUCAGAAUAUUUUGGAGUCUAUCAUUCUUCAAUGCAGUAGUUUCCUUCUCCCUAUGACUUUAGUCAAUCAGAACCGCUAUGUGGAUUUUAGGGGGAAACCUGUGAUGGAUUGUUUUACGUUUUUGUUAAAUACCUAAUUCAGCUACUGAAUUGUUCAUCCACAUUUCUGCAAGUUUCAGCUUGUUGCCCAGCAACAACUCUUAUGCACAUACUGUACCAUUGUUUACCUUUCACCUCUUUAUUUCUACAAUGCAAAUAUUCCCUGGGAAUAUAUUGGAAUAUGUCUAUUGCUGUGGAGAGUAUCAAAGGCCCUGUCCAGAAAUAACUGCUAGCUCCUACCGCCUACUCACUAGACACUUGUGGAGAUCUGAGAGGAUUGGACAGAUGUAAGCAAGCCUAUCAGAGGGUACAAGAGGCCUAGGUGGAGCUAUACUGCUUAAACCUAUCAAAUCCUCUCAGAUCUCCAAGUGUAAAACAGGUACGGACUAGCGUUUGUUUCUGGACAGGGCCACAGUCUCACAUCCUUCCUCGUCAGACAACUGGUUCCAGAAGAAGUGAGUUCACAACGUCGCCGAGUUCCAGCAACGCUUCGACGUCCAGCUGACCAAUGGCGAGAGCCCAAAGAGGCUGCGCGACCUCUACUUCCUCUACCUGAUGGAGCAGCGUGCACUGGCCAAGUUCUGCCUCUCCUCCAGCUGUACACUGGCCAGCCCACCCAGGAACCAACGACACAAACUCCUGCUCCUAGAGCUCUUCCAGGUGGCUAAGUGAGUGUACUGCAGGCUGCAGGCAAAGAAUAACUGGCUCACUCACCAGGGUCAUGUUCAUUAGGGGCACGCAAUGGAAAAUGAGCGUUGCUUAUAGGACAAGUCCAAGUAGACCAUCCCAUUUUCAGCCUGUUUCUUCCGUUUGGUGGCUAAUGAAGAAUUAGAAGUGUAUUGAUAUAGUCGUCCCACUUUGAACGAACAACAACUUAUAAAGGCUUUAUGAUGUUCUAGGCAGUGGAGGCUGCUGAGGGGAGGACGGCUCAUAAUAAUGGCUGGAAUGGAGUCAAUGGAAUGGUAUCAACCACAUAAAAACCAUGUGUUUGAUACCAUUCCAUUGACUCCAUUCCAACCAUUAUGAAUCGUCCUCCCCUAAGCAGCCUCCACUGGUUCUAAGGCAUUCCUACAGUCUUCAGAAGAAUUCCUUAGAUGCCUCACAAAUAAUAUAAGCAGUAAUACGUCAUAAAAGAUUAUAUAAAAGGUUCUUACAUCCUGACCUCAGGUCUUUCCCUCUGCACUUUGAUGAGACAUCUCUGUUUGCUGGGAAUAUGGAAGAAGCUGCCACGCUCAAGGUCGGUAUGCCAUAUAUGCCUAUAGUAUAUACCACUCAUAAGACUGUAGCGCUGUCCAACUGAGAUUGUGAAAAAAAGUAGAGACUAUACCUCCUAGUCUCCCCUUUUCAUGGGAUUUGUGUGCCCUUUGGGACGGCAGUAACGAUAAUGUGCUGUGGCCACAUACUCAUUCAAUUGAGAUAGUAGUCCUAUCUGAUAAACUAACACCACUAUCUGUGCUUCUCUUUCUCUUGUUGUUAACGUCAGGAGGACUUUAGGCUGACCUUCUGCAACAUCUCCAGGAUAAUGGGCUGCAUGGGCUGCGUUAAGUGCAGGCUCUGGGGCAAACUGCAGGUGAGUGAACAGGAAAGUUCCCUUUACUCUGUGUGUGUGUGUGUGUGUGUGUGUGUGUGUGUGUUGGGGGAGGGAUAUUUGACUGCUCAGAAACAUAUUGUGGUGAUACAAAGAUCUAUUUUAGUUAGUGAGGUAAUAUUGUUGUUAUACUGUGACCAAUGUAGGUGACAUUAGGGUGACAUUAGGUCAGUGGAGGCUUCUCAGAUGAGGAACGGGAGGACCAUCCUCCUCAGUGAAUUUCAUACAAAUAAAAAUAGUGGGAAAAACAGUUAUCCUUUUAAAAUAAAACUAUAAUCAAUAUAUUCACGUCACCAAAUAAUUGAUUAAAACACACUGUUUUGCAAUGAAGGCCUACAGUAGCCUCAACAGCACUCUGUAGGGUAGCACCAUGGUGUAGCCGGAGGACAACUAGUUUCUGUCCUCCACUGGGUACAUUGACUUCAAUACAAAACCUGGGAGGCUCAUGGUUCUCACCCCUUCCAUAGACUUACACAGUAAUUAUGACAACUUCCAGAGGACGUCCUCCAACGAAUCAGAGCUCUUGCAGCAUGAACUGACAUGUUGUCCACCCAAUCAAAGAAUCACAUAAUUAAUCUAGUACUGAAAGCUACAUCUAGCUAGCACUGCAGUGCAUAAAAUGUGGUGAGUAGUUGACUCAAAGAGAGAGAAAGACAACAGUUUUGAACAAAUUCAUUGCUUCAGAAAUGUAUUUUUAUUUUACCUUUAUUUAACUAGGCAAGUCAGUUAAGAACAAUAUCUUAUUUACAAUGACGGCCUACACAGUGGUCCUCUGUAGCUCAGCUGGUAGAGCACGGCGCUUGUAACGCCAAGGUAGUGGGUUCGAUCCCCGGGACCACCCAUACACAAAAAAAUGUAUGCACGCAUCACUGUAAGUUGCUUUGGAUAAAAGCGUCUGCUAAAUGGCUUAUUAUUAUUACACCGGCCAAACCCGGACGACGCUGGGCCAAUUGUGCGCCGCCCUAUGGGACUCCCAAUCACGGCCGGUUGUGAUACAGCCUGGGAUCGAACCAGGUGGUCUGUAGUGACGCCUCAAGCACUGAUAUGCAGUGCCUUAGACCGCUGCGCCACUCGGGAGCCCCAUGAAAUGAAGGAGAAGCUAUAUUUUGUUGUAUUUAUUUUACUUUAACUUUCACAGCUAGUGAUUGCAGCUAGCUAGUUUAGCCUACUCAAAUACCCUGCUCAAACAGAGAGGAAUGCUAUGUUAGCUAGCUGGCUAUGCAACACUGGAACUCUUCCAAGUCAAGGUAAGCUUUUGGUUUGAGUAAUUUAUUGCCACCGGGGCCCGCCGGUGUAACUGCUAAACUGCUUGCUUACUGUACACUAUACUGUAUGAUUGUAGCGGAUUUACUAACGCGUUAGUUCUAGUAUCUAUGUUGACUAUGACGUUAGUUAAUAUGGUGACAACGAUAUAGGCUGUGGUUAGCAGUUAUGAUAUGAAGGUUUGGCUUGGAAAGUUUUUUUCACCAGGUCAAAUACAGCUGAUGUGUUGUGCACUGAAGUCCACAAGCAAAGGGAAAAGGUGAGAGGAGGAGAGCACGUAUAUGCGAGAAGGAAUCAUUCAACAAGAAAAGUGAUCAUGCUGUUUGUAUGUGACUGCUAUGAAAGUUAACUGUGUUUGCGUGUGAUCAGGGGUGUAUUCAUUCUGCCAAUUCUGUUGAAAAACUUUUCUUAAACUGAAGCAGAAAAACCUUCCUUAAACGGAAGCAGAACGAAACGGGGAUAAACAUACCUGAAUUUGUCCAAUAGAAACUCACAUUUGCAACUGUUGGACUAAUGAUUACAUUAGAGUGUGCAAGGAGGUAUUGAAUGUGUCACUGUCUGUCACCGUGAUUACUAAAAUGUAUCUCGACCUGUGCACCUACGCUGUAAACUUUGAUUCAUAGGCUAGGUUGUAGCAACCUCAUGAUGGGUAUGGGGAAAAUUCAAGUAUCAUGUAGUAGCCUAAACCUAUCGAUGUUACAUUGAGCUGGGUGAAUGGAAUAGAAAUAAGGCCAUGCUUAUAAAUAAAAUGUGCGUCCUCCCUCAUCUUAAACAGCACCGACCACCACUGCAUUAGGUUGUUAUGAAUGCUUAAAGUAUGUUCUCGAAUCCCCAUGCAGACCCAAGGGUUAGGCACAGCCCUGAAGAUCUUGUUUUCCGAGCGACAGAUCGAGGCUCAAAUCCAGCAGUGGCCAGCCCAUUUUCCAGCUCAGCCGCCAAGAGAUAUUGUCCCUCAUCAUUGCCUUUGGA